AAAAAGUGUCAUGAGUCUAUUCUAUUAAGGCUGGUUAGCUGAAAUUAUUGAUGUUAAAAUUGAUAAAAUUUACGAUAAAGAAGUUAUUCUAGGGGAAGGUGGAUAUGGAAUUGUUUAUAGAGGGAAAAUGUGGAUAAAAAACAUUAAUAAUACCAAAGAAAUAUAAGAAGUUCCAAUUGCAAUAAAAAGAAUAUAUAUUGCAUCUUAAAACAAGUAAACUAAAAAAAUAAUCAAGGAAUGGAAAAAACCCUUUAGAAAAUAUAAAACGUGAGCUAUCAGUUUAUUAACAAAUCAAAUCAAAAAAUAUUGUUUAAUUAUAUGGAACCCAAUAGAUUGAUAAAUAUUACGAUUUAUAUUUAGAAUUAUGUGAUGGAAGCUUAUUAGAUUGUAUAAUUGAUAAAAAUGAAGAUACACCAUUAUAAGAAAUGCAAGCACUUAAAUACUUCAAAGAAAUAGUUGAUACUUUAAUACUGCUAAAGUAAUCUAGUUAUUAAAGAUCUAACAAUAAAAUUAUGAAUCAUUUAUAUCAUAGAGAUAUUAAUGUAAAAAAUGUGCUUUACAAAAAAUUUUAAGUAAAAAAUCGUAUCAAAAUAUGUGAUUUCGGAAUCUCUUAUUAUCAGACAGAUAUUAACAAAAAUAAUUUAGAAAUGAGUUUAAGAACUGGAACUAUUGUAAAAAAUUUCUAUUUAUUUUAUAGAAUUUUAUGAGUCCAGAAAAUUUAUAAUUGGAAAAUUAUGAUUUAGAAAAAAAUGAUACUUGGGGUUUGGGUAUACUAUUAUUUUGUUUAUUAUUUGGUUACUAAUUUUAUAACCGAAAUUAACCCAAAUUCUAACCAUAGUCAAAGGAUGAUCAUUUAAGUUUAAUCAAGAACUCUAAAUUUUCUUCAUAAGCAAAAGAAUUACUUAUUGGGUUAUUAUAAAAAGAUCCAAAAUUAAGAAUUGGUUAUUCUUAAAUUAAGAGCACUUCAUGUUAUAGAAUGUUUUAAUAGAGUACGCUUAUGAAAGGGCAUACUAUUAAUAAAUUUCUCAAUCAUCGAUUGGAAAUUCAAUUUGAAUAAUUAACAAAAAUUUUCCUUGAUUUAAAGGAAAAUCUAUUUUUAUUAAUACCUAUAGAUUUGCUUUUAAUGCUAUUUUAUUUUUAUGAAGAUUGGAUCUAUAAAUAAUGUGAUUAUUAUAGUGGAUAUUACCUAAUUAAUGAUUCUGAAGAAUUUUAUACUAGUUAAAUCAAUUGUAGAAUUAAUUAUUGCAAAAUUCCAAUAAUCUUAUAAAAAUAAUAUGAAUUUUUUUAAAGUGUAAAACAAUCAAUACCUACAUAAGAUAAGAUUCUCCUUUUUUGGAGAAAUAUAACUAGAUCAAACAUCAAAAAAAUUUAUACAAGCGAUGAAAAACUCUAUUAUAUCAAUUUUCUAAAUGAAAUUCUUGAUCAACUUUCUUUAUAAUUAUCACAUUUUUCGAAGUAAACUUUAAAUUUGUAAGACAAAAUAUUAAAAGAAAAAUUAAGUGAGAAAAAGGAAAAACUAAAUUAAAAAUUAUAAAAGUUAAAGCAAUAGGAAAAGGAAAAAGAAAUUGAGUACGAAAAACUGAGUGAAUUGAUAGUUGAUUCAGAGAAGUUUUUAUUUUGGAAAAUUCAUAAAAAUUAUGAUUCUUCUUUAAAAUAAUUUAUUUAAUAAAAUUGA